CGCUUUGACCUCUCACCACCGGAAAUACUGACCCUUGAACCAGCUUGCCCGCCAUUGUCAACAGCGACACGAAGAUCAAUUCUUUCCACCUAAGACAAUUUUUAAGCCAAUUCAACGUUUUAUUGACACAACAACUAUCCCCAAGCACUGGUAAGACCUUUGUCUCAUGUUGUCUUAGGUUUUCCUCAAUGCAAAUUAGCACAAUUUAACACCAGAGUACUUCCAUUUGUUUCGCUGUCAAGUACAACCUGCGGAACCGGUUUUAUUCCCCAACCCAGUCAUUAUAUAAAUGUGUCACUGACCACUCUGUCAGUACCGACUCUGAAGCCGUGAGGAUCUGGGUCACCGUGAAAACAUCGUGCAUUACUUUGGAGCUGACCUCAGCGUAUUUCGGCUCUACGAGAAACUCCGGGAACACCGCGGAACAGAAACGUUGGUAAUCGAGUUUGACAACUUGAUGAACAGAGGCUGUAUUGAGCGUGCCUUACUCUAAGGUGGAGUCUUCUGGACGGAGUCCAAGGCCGCUAACUAAGUACUAGUAAUCUGAUCCCGCGUUCCAACUACCCCGUGAUCUGGAAUUUGACCAUCAUGACAUCUAUAGGCGGAUCUCAUCUGAAACAAGGGGAGGGAGAGGAUGGACAGGAUUCUCCCCGUACCCACAAGUGCAGCUAUUGCGACAAGGAGUUUCGCUUCAAAAGCGAUCUCAAUGGACACCUGCGAACUCACACUGGUGAGAGACCAUACCAGUGUGGUGAAUGCGGGAAACGGUUUAGUCAUCUAUCUCAUCUGAAGGAACACAUGAGAACUCACACCGGUGAGAAACCGUACCAAUGUCAGGAGUGCAGCAGGCAGUUCAGUAGGUUGAGCGAUCUGAGGGUACAUGCGCGAACUCACACCGGUGAAAAACCGUACAAAUGUGAACAUUGCAACAAAGGCUUCAGUCAGUCAACUCAUCUGAACACUCACAUGCGGACUCACACAAGGGAAAACAUGUACAGAUGCGAGGAGUGUAGCAAACAGUUCACUACAUUGUCAAAUCUAAAGAGUCACAUGCGGACUCACACUGGCGAAAAGCCGUACACGUGUGAACAUUGCAACAAAGGCUUCAGUCGGUCAUCUCAUCUGCAGAGACACGUGCGGACUCACACAGGGGAAAACCCGUACAGAUGUGAGGAGUGCAGCAAGCGGUUUAAUACUGUCUCUAAUCUAAAGAGGCACAUGCGAACUCACACAGGUGAGAAACCGUACAGGUGUGAUGAGUGCAGCAAGCAGUUCACUACGCUGACAAACCUAAAGAGUCACAUGCGGACUCACACUGGAGAAAAGCGUACAAUUGCGAAGUGUGCAGCCAACAGUUCACACGGUUGUCCACUAAACUCCUUCCCAUUUGCCACAGCAAGAUCUGCUUGGAGAUUACACAUGAGAACUCACACCGGUGAAAAACCGCACAAGUGUGAACACUGCCACAAAGGCUUCAGUCAGUCAAGUGAUCUAAAGAAACAUGUGCGGACUCACACGGGUGAGAAACCGUACAGGUGCGAGGAGUGCAGCAAGCAGUUCACUACACUGUCAGAACUAAAGAGGCACAUGCGAACUCACACAGGUGAGAAACCGUACACAUGUGAACACUGCCACAAAGGCUUCAGUCAGUCAAGUGAUCUAAAGAGACAUGUGCGGACUCACACAGGCGAGAAACCGUUCAAGUGCGAGGAGUGCAGUAAACGGUUCACUGCAUUGUCAAGUCUAAAGAGUCACGUGCGAACUCACACGGGUGAGAAACCGUACAGAUGUGAGCAUUGCAACAAAGGCUUCCGUCAUUCAGCUCAUCUGAAGACUCACAUGCGGACUUAUACAGGGGAAACCCCGUACAGGUGUGAGGAAUGCAGCAAACAGUUUACUACGCUGUCACAUUUGAAGAGGCACAUGCGGACUCACACAGGUGGGAAGUCGUACAGGUGUGAGGAGUGCAACAAGCAGUUCAGUCAGCUACCACAUCUAAAGACCCACAUGCGUACUCACACGGGUGAAAAGCCUUACAUGUGCGAGGCAUGCAGCAAGCAUUUUACUCAGUUGCCACAUCUUAAGAGCCAUAUGCGGACUCACACUGGUGAAAAAGUGUGAGGAGUGCAGCAUACACUCACAGUAUGUUUAAUUGUCGAAUCUCAGGAGGCAUAUACAUGUAUGUAGAAUCACUCUGGUAAUGACUCUGGUAGUGUCUGUAUUUUACAUACGUCCAAAUUCUAAGGCUAGUGCUCUUUUUGUGAACAUGUUGUCUAAUCGCCAAAAAGUAGUUACUCAAGCAACUGGAUAUGAUUUUGGAAACGGUCAGACGUUUCGGAUA